AUCCAAACCAAUCCAAUCUCUCUCUCUCUCUCACAGAAACUAAACUGAACAUAGCAGUUUUUGUUUUGUUUCGUUUACAAGGAGGCCAUGACCCAAUCACCAUCUCUAGUCGAACAAGGUCUUUCUCAACAGCAUUUGAAAACUGUGUCUUGUGCCAAUGUUCUCACUUUGGCUUACCAGAGCCUUGGAGUGAUCUAUGGAGAUCUUAGUACAUCGCCUCUUUACGUUUACAAAACCACUUUCUCUGGGAAACUUAGCCUCCAUGAAAACGAUGAAGAGAUCUUUGGAGUCUUCUCUUUCAUCUUCUGGACAUUCACACUCAUUGCUCUCUUCAAAUACGUUUUCAUUGUUCUAUCAGCAGAUGACAAUGGAGAAGGUGGGACAUUUGCGUUGUACUCCCUUCUCUGUAGAUAUGCUAAGCUAAGUAUAUUACCAAAUCAUCAAGAAAUGGAUGAGAAACUAUCAACAUAUGCGACGGGAAGCCCUGGAGUGACUCGGCAAAGCGCAGCGGUUAAAUCAUUCUUUGAGAAACAUCCCAAGUCUCAAAAGUNCCACGCAUAUGGACUUGCUGUGACCUCUGUGAUGCUUGUGACUACAUGUUUGAUGACUUUAGUGAUGACUAUUUUUCUUGCAGUUCUUUCAGCUGUUUCUGGAGUCAAGCUCAAGAUUCCUAACCUUCACGAGAAUUAUGUUGUCAUCAUCGCUUGUAUCAUCUUGGUGGCAAUAUUCUCAGUCCAGCGUUAUGGUACGCAUAGAGUCGCCUUCAUUUUUGCACCAAUCUCCACUGCUUGGCUUCUCUCUAUCAGCUGUAUUGGAGUUUACAACACUAUAAAAUGGAACCCGCGUAUAGUCUCUGCGCUUUCGCCUGUUUACAUGUAUAAGUUCCUUAGAAGCACCGGUGUAGAAGGAUGGGUUUCACUUGGAGGAGUUGUUCUUUCAAUCACUGGUGUUGAGACUAUGUUUGCUGACUUAGGUCACUUCUCUUCUCUGUCCAUUAAGGUGGCGUUCUCGUUCUUUGUAUACCCUUGUUUGAUUCUUGCAUACAUGGGCGAGGCUGCGUUUCUAUCUAAGCACCAUGAAGAUAUUCAGCAAAGCUUCUACAAGGCGAUACCCGAGCCUGUGUUCUGGCCAGUGUUCAUAGUGGCUACAUUUGCAGCAGUAGUUGGAAGCCAAGCUGUUAUAUCCGCAACGUUUUCGAUCAUAAGUCAAUGCUGUGCGCUAGAUUGCUUUCCUCGUGUCAAGAUCAUUCACACUUCGAGCAAGAUACAUGGACAAAUCUAUAUCCCUGAAGUUAACUGGAUGCUGAUGUGCCUUUGCUUGGCUGUCACAAUCGGGUUAAGAGACACUAACAUGAUGGGCCACGCAUAUGGACUUGCUGUGACCUCUGUGAUGCUUGUGACUACAUGUUUGAUGACUUUAGUGAUGACUAUUGUAUGGAAGCAAAGGGUCAUUACAGUUCUUGCUUUCUUGGCCUUCUUCGGUUCCAUUGAGCUUCUCUACUUCUCGGCAUGCGUCUACAAAAUACCUGAAGGUGGUUGGAUACCUAUUCUUCUCUCCUUAACAUUCAUGGCGGUUAUGUACAUUUGGAACUACGGAACUACAAAGAAACACGAGUUCGACGUUGAGAACAAGGUCUCGAUGGACCGGAUAGUCUCUCUAGGACCGAGCAUCGGAAUGGUGAGAGUUCCAGGAAUAGGACUUGUCUACACGAACCUUGUGACAGGAGUUCCAGCUGUGUUCGGACAUUUCGUGACGAACCUGCCUGCGUUUCACAAGAUUCUUGUGUUUGUAUGUGUGAAGUCAGUUCAAGUACCUUACAUAGGAGAAGAAGAGAGGUUUGUGAUAAGCAGAGUUGGACCAAAAGAGUAUGGGAUGUUUAGAAGUGUGGUUAGGUAUGGAUACAGAGAUGUUCCAAGAGAGAUGUAUGAUUUCGAAAGCCGGUUAGUUUCUGCUUUAAUCGAGUUUGUUGAAACCGAAGAAGAAGUGCCGAAUGCGAGAAGGAAGAAAGAGGAGUGUAUGGAGAUAAUGGAAGCUAAAGAAGCUGGAGUAGCGUAUAUACUCGGACACUCGUACGCAAAGGCGAAACAAUCAUCGUCGCUGUUGAAGAAACUAGCUGUCAAUGUUGUGUUUGCGUUUAUGAGCACGAACUGCAGAGGAACUGAUGUUGUGCUUAAUGUUCCUCAUACUUCUCUCCUUGAAGUUGGAAUGGUUUACUACGUCUAAAACAGUAACAUACUUAGCUUUAACUUAAGAAUCAAUACAGUCUAGUAGUAGUAAUAGUACAGUACAGAGAGAGAGAUCUAACUUCACUUUCAGUUGUUUUAGUAGAAAAAUUCAGUAAGUUUUAAUAUGUAAAUAUACUUUGCAGUUAAUGAAUGAAAAAUCAAGAAAUGAUAAAUCUGUAAUUAAAUAUA